AUGGCGUCCCCUAUGCCUCCAGGGGCACCAAGACCUGGCUACGGUCAGCAACCAUCAACUAAAUAUAACCCUAAUGUUUUAGCCGACAAUAUGCAAAAUUUGAAUUUAAAUCAACCUCCUGCCAUGCCCAAUUCUGGUUCUAGGCCUUCGCCUGGUUUACCUAUGGCGUCCCCGCCAAGGUCUACCCUGCCGGGGCCCACCUUUUGGUCAACUGGAGUGCCAUCCCCGCCAUCCACAUUACCUCCUAAUGUAGCCGCAGGAAGGCCCAGUGGUCCGCCUGUUAGUCAGCCCCCACCGCCUUUCGCGUCCAGACCCCCUCCUCCGGGGCCAGUGCCCUCUUCUACGCGUGGUCCUGUGGUGCCUACUUCGGGUGGUUUUCCUUCUUCUGGUUCACGUAAUGGUCAUACUGUUCCUCCACCGCCAGGGGUUCACCCCAUUCAUUUUGCUUCGUCUUCUUCGUUGAGUUCUGGUCCAGUUGUUAACACAUUGAGCGUGCCACCUAAUGGAGCAGUGACCAAUGGGAUGCCGUUUGCUUCGGGGGCUAUGCCUGGUGGGCCCAGAUUUCCUUCAGUUACCAGUGUCCCGCAACCGUCUAUGGGAUCUCCGCCUGUUGUUUCAGCUGCUGCUGCUCCUCAAUCUCCACCAGUAUCUUCAGUGCAAUCACGGCCACCAUUUUCUCUCGGAGCUCCAGGUGUGCCGCCCCCAUUUUUAGCGGGAACUCAAGGUGUACCGCCAUCCCCAGGUCCUCCCUUUGGAGCACAGACAUGGCCAGAGCAACCCCAGCAGCCACCUAGAAUGUUUGGAAUGCCUCCACCUUUAGCAAGCCACCCUAUGAGGGCUAUUUCACCUGCGAUGGGUCAAGCUGGAGUCCCUCUGGCAGGACACCCAAAGAUGGAUAGCAAGAGUCCUCCAAGGCCCACUCCAACUUAUACAUCAAUCCAGCACGAAACGCGUCUGAAAAAUCAGGCUAACCCUCCUCCCCCUGUUUCAAGUGAGUUCAUAGCCAGAGACACUGGUAAUUGCAAUCCACGAUACAUGAGGUGUACCAUCAAUCAGAUCCCAUGCACUGCUGACCUUUUGAAUACAUCAGCAAUGCAGUUGGCUUUAUCUGUCCAACCCUUGGUCCUUCCUCAUCCAGCUGAGGAGCCUAUACAAGUUGCGGACUUUGGAGAAAGUGGUCCUUUGAGGUGUUCCUGUUGCAAAGGGUUUGCUGACGAGACUCCCCGUGACUAUCAGUGCAACCUAGGUCCUGAUGGUAGACGUAGAGAUGCUGAUGAAAGGCCUGAACUGUGUAGAGGAACGGUGGAAUUUGUUGCUUCAAAGGAGUACAUGAAAGACGACGACGACGACGACGACGACGAUUCUCCAUUCAUGUUGGCCAUUGGCACGCUUUGGAUUGAACUUUUGACGCUUAUAAGAUCAAUUUCUGUCGACAAGCAUUCAUUUGAUCUGUUUUGGUGGAAAAAGUAUGCAUUAUGGUCACAAGUGCGUGAACCAAUGCCCACCGUGUAUUUUUUUCUCAUUGAUGUAUCCAUGAAUGCAAUAAAGACUGGUGCAACAGCUGCAGCUUGCAAUGCAAUCAAUCAAGUUAUUUCUGAUCUUCCUGAAGGUCCUCGCACAACGGUGGGGAUUGCAACAUUUGACUCUACUAUCCAUUUCUACAAUUUAAAGCGUGCAUUACAGCAGCCAUUGAUGCUCAUUGUGCCAGAUGUGGAAGAUGUUUACACUCCUCUCCAAACUGAUGUUGUUGUUCAGCUUUCUGAGGAGAAUUUAGAGCUGUUGCUGGAAGACAUCCCAUUAAUGUUUCAGGAUAACAGAACUGCUGAAUCUGCCUUCGGUGCAGCAAUCAAGUAUACGGGCUAUGGCAGGUUCACUUGUGCGAAAAGUGGUCAAUGGCCUAGUUUGUGGUUUAAACUGGACCCUGUUGGGGGCUGGGGACCGGCUGCCUUUUUGUCUAUAAAGAGUACUGGAGGGAAGCUUCUGGUGUUUCAGUCAGGCAAGCUCCUGACCGAGCUUCUGAGUAGCAUGGCUUUGUUUUUGUUUUUCGGGAGAAAACUAAAUGGGAAACGAGAUGUGAAUAGAUUGUCUGAUGUUGUAAAUGCAGCGGCUGAAUUUCCUGAGUAG